ACUUCUAUCAUCAGCUCUUACACACUUCUCAUUCUUUCUUCCACGGUCUAUCUCUCUCUUUCAGUCACUCACACACACUCGUCCACACCCUAUUUCAAAUUUGCCAAAAGAAUACGGUUGAAUACUAUAGGGAAAAAUGAAAUCACCUGCACAUAGUUUACUCAUGAAUAAUGACAUGAUCAUCAGGUUUCUUAUGACCCUGUUACUGACCACUAAUCUUUACAUAAAUAAUUAUUGUUCUAAUACCCCAUCAGUUUCUCCUCAAUCAGAGUUCUCAAUCCUACCAUUGCCGCUCAACUCACCAAGUCUUGAUGGGCAUCUUUGCUUUGAGAACACACACCAUGCAGCAAAUGAUUUUGGCAAUAGAUAUCAUUUUCUGCCAGCCGCAGUUCUGUACCCGAAAUCAGUUCGUGAUAUUUCAUCAAUUGUGAAGAAAGUUUAUGAAAUGGGUACUACUUCUGCACUCACUAUUGCUGCAAGAGGCCAUGGUCACUCCCUUGAAGGUCAAGCACAAGCCAGUCAAGGGGUUGUGAUAAACAUGGAAUCUCUUCAGGAGCACAAAAUGUUCUUUCACAUUGGAGAGUUACCUUAUGUCGAUGUGUCUGGUGGUGAGCUGUGGAUAAAUAUUCUGCAAGAGGGUCUUAAACAUGGUCUCGCACCAAAAUCUUGGACAGACUAUCUUCACCUCACUGUUGGGGGAACACUAUCAAAUGCUGGAAUUAGUGGCCAAGCUUUUCGCCACGGGCCACAGAUUAAUAAUGUUUACGAGCUAGAGGUAGUCACAGGAACAGGAGAUAUAGUGACUUGUACAAAGAAGCACAAUGCUGAUCUCUUCUACAGUGUCCUUGGAGGACUGGGACAGUUUGGCAUCAUUACGAGGGCUAAAAUCUUCAUUGAACAAACACCCAGGCGGGUUAAAUGGAUUAGAUUGUUGUACUCAGACUUCAGCACAUUUUGCAAAGACCAGGAGCAUUUGAUAUCAUCAGAAAAUUAUUUCGAGUAUGUUGAGGGAUUCGUCAUAAUAAACAGGACCGGUUUACUAAAUAACUGGAGAUCUACUUUCAGUCCUCAAGACCCGCUUCAAGCAAGCCAAUUCCACUCAGAGGGAAAGACUCUUUACUGUUUGGAAAUUGCCAAAUACUUCAAUCCAGAAGAAAUUGGCACAAUAAACCAGAGGAUAGAUGGCUUCUUAAAGGAACUGAAAUAUAUACGGUUCACUCUUUUCAUAUCAGACGUCUCAUAUGUGGAAUUUCUUGAUAGAGUGCAUGUGUCUGAAAUGAAACUCAGAGAAAUCGGCAUGUGGGAGGUUCCUCAUCCAUGGCUUAAUCUUCUCAUUCCUAAAAGCAGUAUAAAUGAAUUUGCACAAGAAGUAUUUGGAAACAUCCUUGCAGACACCAGCAACGGUCCAGUACUCAUAUACCCUGUUGACAAAUCCAGAUGGGACAACGAAACCUCCAUGGUAACCCCACAGGAAGAUCUUUUCUACCUUGUGGCCUUCCUAUCUUCUGCAGUGCCACAUUCCACAGGGUCAGAUGGAUUAGAACAUAUAUUGACACAAAACAGAAGAAUUUUGGAUUUCUGUGAUUCAGCCCGUCUUGGGGUCAAGCAAUAUUUGCCUCACUAUAACACUCAGGAAGAGUGGAAAGCUCAUUUUGGUACUAAAUGGGAGAUUUUUAAGAGGAGGAAAUAUACCUAUGACCCCCUGGCACUUCUAUCCCCUGGUCAAAAAAUAUUCCAGAAAGAAAUAACAUAUGUGUAACUUUGUCUUUCGCAGAAGGGAAAGAAACAUUGCAGUACCAGGCACUUUUCACGUUGCCUCAAAAUUGACAUGCAACUGUCAAAUAUAUGAUGUCUCCGAUUUCUGUAA